AUGGCUGUCGAACAAGCAAAUGGCGCCGCCCAAACAACGGGCAAGACCGCUUAUUCAAGCGGAGAAAGAAUCAUUUUGACAACAUAUCCUGGCCAAAGUGUGGUUGAUCCCAUCCCGUUGGACUGGGGAAAUGCAGACCCCGAAGAACGCGGCCCCGUCUUAGUCUCCCGUGAAUCAAAAACCCUCGCAAGACGAAAUGCCAUAGGUGCACAUGGUGGGAGUUACUCCAUUUACAAUGCCCUAGCAGUCGCCGCGGGCGAUCUUCCCCCGAACUUCAAGCCAAGCUUUGAAAACACUCAGCCUAUCUUCAACUUCCCAGCCCAGCCAGCAUGGGGCGACAAGACCAAGAUUGUUUCAAUGGAUCCAUUUGGUCACGAUAUUGUGCGGCAUUACAAGAAACAUCUCGAUGCGGGACUUGAUGUCCGUCCUACGAUCGCUGUUACGAAGGCGACGAUGCGACUGGCGGAGAUUACGGAGUCUAUUAGGAAUGGGAAUCUUGAAGUUGACGGAGAGAUCGUUAUUAGCAAAGAAGGUGAUGUGCGAGUUACGAAAGCUGCAGUUGAGCCUGUUUGGUAUCUACCAGGCGUGGCCGCAAGAUUUGGCAUUGAUGAGGGUAAACUUCGCCGGACGCUGUUCGAGCAGUGUGGCGGAAGUUUCCCGGAGUUGAUUACCAGGCCAGACAUCAAAGUCUUCUUGCCUCCGAUAGGCGGCCUUACUGUUUAUAUUUUUGGAUCUCCUGACAAAGUAUCCAAUCCCGAUGUCAAACUCGCGCUUCGCAUUCAUGAUGAAUGUAAUGGGUCCGAUGUGUUCCAGUCUGAUAUCUGCACUUGCAGACCCUAUCUAGCCUUUGGAAUCGAGGAGGCUAUCAAGGAAGCACAGAACGGUGGAUCAGGCGUUGUGAUCUACUUCCGCAAAGAAGGUCGAGCUCUUGGCGAGGUUGUGAAAUAUCUUGUCUAUAAUGCGCGCAAGCGUGGUGGUGAUACUGCCGAUAAAUACUUCACUCGAACAGAAAACAUUGCCGGUGUUAGAGACAUGCGCUUCCAGGCUCUCAUGCCAGAUAUCCUUCAGUGGUUAGGAAUCAAGAAAAUUGAUCGCAUGCUGUCCAUGUCGAAUAUGAAACAUGACGCAAUUGUUGAACAAGGCAUCCCGAUCUUAGAACGCAUUCCGAUCCCCGACCACAUGAUUCCUUCAGACUCCCGCGUGGAAAUUGAUGCCAAGAUCAAUGCAGGAUACUUCACAAUGGGCAAGAAAUAUACGGACGAGGAGUUGUCACAAGUCAAAGGUCGUGGGUGGCAGAAUUGGGAAGAUGUCGAUCACUAG